CCAAGUUGUGUCUCCUGGCACCCUGCCUGGUUGCCUUGGAAACAGGUUCCACUGAGGACAAAGGAGGGAGCUGGGUCCUGCUUCCUCCUGGUCCUGCCGAUGAGGAUUUUUAGACCGUGGAGACUUCGCUGCCCUGCCCUGCACUUGCCCUCAUUCCCCACGUUCUCUCUGAAUUGGAGUCUGCCCUCUCUCGACACUGACGAGGACAUGUGUAAGAGCGUGACCACAGGUGAGUGGAAGAAAGUCUUCUAUGAGAAGAUGGAGGAAGCAAAGCCAGCUGACAGCUGGGACUUCAUCAUAGACCCCAACCUCAAGCACAAUGUCUUGGCCCCUGGCUGGAAGCAGUACUUGGAACUUCAUGCCUCAGGCAGGUUCCACUGCUCCUGGUGCUGGCACACCUGGCAGUCCCCCCAUGUGGUCAUCCUCUUCCACAUGUACCUGGACCGGGCUCAGCGCGCCGGUUCGGUGCGCAUGCGCGUGUUCAAGCAGCUGUGCUACGAGUGCGGCACAGCGCGGCUGGACGAGUCCAGCAUGCUGGAGGAGAACAUCGAGAGCCUGGUGGACAACCUCAUCACCAGCCUGCGAGAGCAGUGCUACGGGGAGCGUGGUGGCCACUACCGCAUCCACGUGGCCAGCCGCCAGGACAACCGGCGACACCGCGGCGAGUUCUGCGAGGCCUGUCAGGAAGGCAUCGUUCACUGGAAGCCCAGCGAGAAGCUGCUGGAGGAGGAGGCGACUACCUACACCUUCUCCCGUGCUCCCAGCCCCACCAAGCCGCAGGCCGAAGCAGGCUCAGGCUGCAACUUCUGCUCCAUUCCCUGGUGCUUGUUUUGGGCCACGGUCCUGCUGCUCAUCAUCUACCUGCAAUUCUCCUUCCGUAGUUCUGUUUAAGAUCCCUUGCGGGGCUGGGGCUUGCGGGUGGGAGCCAGUUGGUGGGAAGGGGUGAGGUGAGGCCUGGCUUGGGAACGGGUCACAUUCUAACGUGAUGCGGUCAUUGAUUCAGUGGGAACCCUGGACAAUUUACUCAAUUUUUCUGUCUUUUAAAAGGGUCUUGGCUGGGUGGUUGACUUUUCAAAAGGAAUUUAAGGUUCGAAAGCCCUUCAAUGUACCUCAGGGAUGUUUGCUUUGGGAGCUGCUUUCUCCUAGUCCAAUAGCCCCCCACCGCUGACUUCUGCCUUCUCUCCUGCAGUCACAACAGAACCACUUUCCUUAGUACCUAGCUGUAGCUUUGAAGAACCUCUCUGCCUUCAGUGUGAGCCUGGCCCACAGCCCUGCCUCAGGCACACACGGAAGAGUCCCCUGAAGGCAGAGAGGUGGGGCCACUGUGCUGCUGGUUCCACUGUACCUUGCCUCUCUUCCCCAGACUGGAAGCCUCUGGCCUUCAGGUGGCUCCCACAGUCUGCCUGGCUGACCGAAAAAGAUUGACGGUUGGGGGUUAGAGCCACACCAUGAGGCCUCCCGCUGGGUGCUUGUGAACUGGCAGAGAAUUUAAAGGAGUUUGGAAGAAAAAAAAAAGCCACAUAGAGUGACUCUCUAUUAUAGUGAAAGUUUCUUAGGGUUCAGACUCUCAGCAGGGCUGAUGGCCAGAAGAGGGGCCUAGCCGCCUGUGAUUUUGUUGAAAAGAUUGUUGACUGGCUUUUCCACAUUGUCUUUCUUGCCAGAGAGGCUCUGUGCCCGGACCACAGGGAUAGGUAAUCUCAGCUAGAGAGGGCGCAUUAAAGAUACAAACAGCUUGUUGGUAGCGAGUGCCCAGAGGCUCGCUGCUCUUCAAAACGGGAUGCAAUACGGUUUGCAGUAACAGGUUUGUAGACCCUCUGAUAGCAGAGGGUAGAGGGAGGCUGGUGGGGAGAGGCGAGAAGCUGGAAGUUGGAUGCUGCCUAUGCUGAGCCUCACCGUCUCCCUUAGUAACUAACUUACUGUCCUCCUGCCACUCCCUUUUCUAGAAAUUUAUGAUGUCUGUAGAGGGGGAGAUAGGAAGUUCCCUUACAUACAGGGGGACACAUAAAGACCUUAGGGGUGUCAUUAAUGUACCUCUGAGAUUCCCCACGUGGUCCUUGAUCUCAUGAUCAAGGGGCCCCCUCUCAGCAUCCCAUCUUCUCUCUGACUGAGAUGCUUCUCUGUGCAGCUUCCGCUCUGGGCUGAUCCUGUCCACAGUCAGGAGUGGAUCGGAGAGCAGCACAGCUCAGUCUCACCGCAGCCCUCACUCUGACAGGAGCAGCCAGCUGUGACAUCUUCCUUCACAGUAUUAAUUGCUUCAGCCAGCCACAUACCCUGGGCACCACUCCCUAGCAACUUCUGGUUUGGGUCACUUCAGGGACUCUCAGCCCUGGCUGUAUUUUAGGAACCCUGAGGAGCUUUUUAAAGAAAUAGCAGUGCACCUAAACACAGAGUUAGAAAAAAAAAACCUUCCCUUGCCCUGCCUCUGUGGCCUGGUCUAAUAGCUCUGGCUUCAUUUGUAUCCAGUUUAUAAACCAUGCCUGGCAAUCUUCUCUGAUGGACCUCUCUGGCUGCGCUAGAACUGGGAGCUCUGUUUCCCUCCUCCGUUGCUUUACUUUUCACCCCGUGUGCUUGGAUUAUGA